AUGUCUGCGUCACUCGCCCCGGAAUGCAAUGAAAUCAAAGAACGCUAUGAUACAUGCUUCUUGAAGUGGUAUAGCGAGAAGUAUCUUCGCGGUGCCGAAAAGGAUAACAAAGAGUGCGAGCCUCUCUUUAAGCAGUAUCAGACAUGUCUCGGUGUGGCCCUGAAGCAGCGUGGCAUUGAUAAGCUGCUAGAGGAAGCGCGAGAAGAUAACAAAGAGAAUGACGCGCGGCUCACACAACCAAAGACUGGCUACAUUACUGCACGCUGGGACCUUGUCACUCGCUUGUAUGAGCUUGCCAUUUUUGCCUGGGAGUAUCAAGUUGCCAUUCGGGCUGCCAAAGGUGCCAUUGCCCUGACUGUUCUCUUCUUCAUCGUCAUUUUCCCAGUCUAUCUCUUGGCCAAAAAAGAGACGCACCUUCAUCCAAGGCAACCUGGAAUUGCCGUCACCCUGGUCAUGGUGGAACAUGAUGGCUUGAUGCGCGUGUUUUGGCCGACAGACAUUCGCGUGUCUGAACGCCCGGGCGUAGUCGUUGGCUGGCGCAAUUCGACGCUGGAUGUUUUCGUCGUUGCAAUUCUGGACGAUGUCGACCCUCGUAAUGUCGAAAUCCACCUCAGAUCCAAUACAUUCUUCCGCAGCGGUCCGCAUUCUUCCAGCCGUAUUUACGAACUCUGUGGCCAUUCCUCUAUGCAUGUACUCGGCCUCUCGAAUGCGACAAACCACGCCUUGGUAGAUUCCUCAUGGGUCUGCGCUACGACCAGUGCCUCCCGCGAACCUCGAAUUACGUGUGCCAAGGCUUCAAGUGUCCAACUCAUCCUAUAUGACCGACCACGACCAAAAGGCAUGCAAUACAUUUCACUCAAUCCAAUCUCUCUCGCUCUUGGCGAUAAAUGGUACGCCUCCGAUGAUGGUAAAGGUGACGGGUCAGAAGGCGAGGAGGAACGCCGCGAGAGGCAACAUCAGGAAGCCAAGCUCAAGUUGGUCAACAAGCUCAAGCAGCACUCUAUCAUUAUUCGGUCUGCGUCCGCCCGAGACAAGGCACUCGAAAAAGUUGUUCAUCAAGUCAAUUGGUCCUGGGAGCUCGAGCAGACUCUGCAAAAGAACGUAGGCAAGCUUGGUCCGCGCCCCAAGCGAGGUCUUAGCGUGUCGGAGCGGGUUGUCGAGUCUACGACGGCGAUGCGCAACUACAUUCUUAUGCAGUUGUGGAUUGCUUUCGUCAUCUACAUAUUCCCCUUCAUUCGAAAAGGAUUCGUGAUGCUACUUUUUUUACACCGAGCUUUGGCAGAGAUGCUCCUCUUAGUCCUUGAGUUUCGCAUUAAGCCCGGGUACGCAGCAUUGAAGGAUGUGUCCGCCACGGCACAGCAGAUUGAAAUUCGCUUGCUGCAGUUUUGCUAUUGGCCCAUGCAGUACAUUACGCUUCGGCAACGCAAAAUGGACUGGGCCAGUGUAAACACGAGCCACCCGGAUUACAUUCGCUUUUACAACAGUCUUUGGCUCGUUGCGAAUGAUGUGAUUAUCGGCAUUGCUAUCGGAUCCUACAUCAUAGAAAAUGCGGAUUGGGUGUCAGCCAAGGUAAAUGAUUUGCUGCGCGUCUAUACUGUAGAUGCGUUGCAGAGUAGUAUUUCUUGGCUCAUGGGGUGGCCCGCCGGUCUCAAGCUCAAUGGUGAGUUGGCGAGCUUUUUGGGCGCGCUCUUUCUUUGGGUGAUCACAUACUGGUCGAACUGCAUCGAUGCACUCGCUCCAGCUUUACCUAAGCUGGUCUGGUUUAUUGGCUUUUCAUCUUUUGCAGGCGCCAGUAUGCCCCUAGCAAUGCUUUCGGAUCUGCUCUCAGCCCUGACAGUCCACAUCUACUCCUUUUAUCUCGCGUCAGCUCGUAUCUACCACUGGCAGCUGACAAUCUUGCAAUCGCUGUUCCAUCUCUUCCGUGGAAAGAAGCACAAUGUCCUACGUAACCGUAUCGAUUCUUGCGACUAUGAUCUCGACCAACUCCUUGUCGGCACCAUUUUGUUCACACUACUGUCGUUCUUGCUGCCAACUGUCGGCGUUUUUUACAUCAAUUUCGCAAUCGCUCGCAUGAUGAUUAUCUCGAUGAAAGCAGGAUUCGAUACAUUACUUUCUUGUCUCAAUCACUUUCCAUUAUUCGCUCUUAUGCUGCGAGUCAAGGACUCUAGGCGACUACCCGGCGGCAUCCGAUUCGAACUGCGGGAUGCCCACCAUAAUAGACCCCUCAACCUUAAUGUUAAUGAACCUCCCACCUCGGUCAUCUAUCUCAAGUCUGUGCCUCUGUCUUUCAAGGCCAUGUUCGAUCAAUACUUUCAGAUGGCCGAGCGAAUCCGCAAACACUACCUCUCUCCGCGCGUAUUUCUGUGUCUUUUGACGGGACAAUUUGUGCCGCCCAUCAACCGGCGCAACCUGUACAGUCUUCAAUACAGCAUGCUACCGGCCCGGCGAGCUACCAUGUGGGAGAUGUGGCGGGCGCUCAAUGCGCAGAUACCACAGAAGAAGCCAUUUCAGCUCCCAAACAUACCACCCUUGACAAACGGUGGCGGCAGGCGAGGAGGUGUGAAUGGCCGAAUAGUACCGAAUUAA